GACCCGCAGACGAGUUUUGUUGCUUGCGAAACGCUAUGCAAGGUGUUGCUGAGAGAGCCGAUGAUGUCCUGGGCUGGCUGUUUGAGUCGUUUGAUGUUGAAAGCAUUCGAUCCGGCAACAAAUGACAAUCCGAUAUUAAAAGCUUGCUUGGUGAAAUUUAUUCCGGUGUUCGUCGAGUGGAGCAGGGAUCACCAAAUGCUUUUGGUUGAAGCAUUUCCGGAAACGUUUGACGCACUGCGCAGCGAUAGUCAGUUCGAGGGAGCAUUGCAGCGUAUUAAUGUUGACGCAUUGGGAUCCUGCUUUAUGCAUGCAAAGGGAUCGGUGCAGCCGUUUUUAUGCAGCAAGAUACUCUCAGCAUUAGGCGAAGAUCCGGAAGACGAUUAUGCGUCUGUUUUUUGUCGAAUGCUCGGAAACAUAGACACCAAUGAUUGGAUGGAUGUGGCGCAAAUCAAACUUCUUAUCACAGAUACCGAAGAUAUUGUUGAUUUAUACAGCGAAACAGAGGCAACACGCGGCUAUAUACGAGCGUUAACGUCUUUCGCAAAAAAACUGCGAAAUCGAGUGGCCACUCUGGAAGCAUUCAUCUCGACACAGAUGCGCUAA